AUGACAGACCUCUUAAGAAGUGUUGUCACCGUCAUUGAUAUAUUCUACAAAUACACCAAGCAAGAUGGAGAAUGUGGCACACUGAGCAAGGAUGAGCUAAAGGAACUUCUGGAGAAAGAGUUUCGCCCAAUUCUGAAGAAUCCAGAUGAUCCAGAUACAGUAGAUGUUAUCAUGCAUAUGCUGGAUCGAGAUCAUGAUCGAAGACUAGACUUUACUGAAUUUCUUCUGAUGGUGUUCAAACUGGCUAUGGCCUGCAACAAGGUUCUUGGAAAAGAAUACUGUAAAGCUUCAGGGUCAAAGAAGCGUAGGCAUGGUCAUCAGCAUCAAAAGGAAGAAAGUGAAACAGAAGAGGAAGAAGAGAUACCAAGACGGAAAUCAGGUUUCAGACGUUCAAGUUGGAGUGAGGGAGAGGAGUAUGGACAUAGUUCUGGGAGCUCGCGGGGAACUGCAAAACCUCGACGUAGGUCCAACUCUAGGAGGUUGGAAAGGCACAGUGAAUUAUCCAGCUCAGAGGAACCCAGGAGAAAACGCCAUGGGUCAAGCUCUGGUCAAUCUUGGAGCAGUAACAAAGAGAGACAGGGUUCCAGCUCUGAAGAGUUAGAAGAAAAAAGAAACAAGUCACAUGGUAGGUCCUCUAGAGAAGCUGAGGAAGAAUAUGAAUCUGGAUCUAGGUUAAACAGUCAGGGAAGGAAAGGUCAUAGUGGAUUGUCACAUGGACCGGAGAAGAGCAAACAUGAAUCAAAUUCUACUCAGUCAAAAAAGAGUGGAGAACAAAAGUGUGGGCCUAGCUCUGCAAGUUCAGGAAACAGUAAAACACAAAGUCAUGCAGGUGGUCACAGCAGUUCUAGUGGAUGUUGCAGACCACAAAGUGCUUCAAGUUCUUGUCAGGCAUCUGGGAGGCAAGGAAGUCAGUCUUGUUCUACGCAGUCAAGAUGUCAAUCAGGAACUAGCAGAGGACAAGGCUAUGGAUGUGUCUCUGGAGGUCAGUCCUCUAGAUGUUGUCAAACUGAACCUAGAUCCUGCAGCCAGUCUUCUAGUCAGAGAGAGUAUGGAUGUGGUCAGUCCGAGCACUGUGGAAGACAGCAGAGCAUGAGCUCACAUCAUUCAUCAUGCUGUGGAUCUGGAGCAACCCAAUCUGGUUAUAGUCAACACGGAACCAGUUGCUGUGGACACUCUUCAAGCUCUCAUCAGAAGGGGUGUUGUUCAAAUGAAUAUUCCAAAUGUGGUCAUCAUGGGUCUGGUUCAGGGCAGCCAUCCUGCUGUGAACAACAUGGAACAAAUUCAAGACAGUCCUCUGGCUUUAAACAACAUGGGCAUGGAUCAUGUCAGUCUUGCUGUGGCCAGCAUGGUACUGCAUCAGGUCAAUCCUCAGGUUGUGGUCAACAUGGGCAGCAUGCAUCUGGUUCAGGUCAGUUGUCUGGUUUCAGUGACCAAAAGUCUGGUUCUGGUCAAUCAUCUAGCUCUGGGCACCAUGGAUCUGGUUCUGGUCAGUUAUCUAGUUCUGGGCAGCAUGAGUCUGGCUCAGGUCAGUCUUCUGGCUAUGGGGGACGGGGAUCUGGAUCUGGUCAGUCAUCUAGCACUUGGAAACAUGGAUCUGGUUCAAGUCAGUCAUCUAGCUCUGGGCAGUAUGGGUCUCAUGAUGGUCAAUCAUCUAGCUCUGGGCAGCAUGGGUCUCACUAUGGUCAGUCAUCUAGCUCUGGGCAGCAUGGGUCUCACUAUGGUCAAUCAUCUAGCUCUGGGCAGCAUGGGUCUCACUCAGGUCAGUCAACUGGUUAUAGGAAGCAUGGGCGUGGUUCAGGGCAGUCAUCUAGUGCUGGGCAGUAUGAGUCUGGCCCAGGUGAGUCAUCUGAGUAUGGAGAACAUCGAUCUGGUUCAAGUCACUCAUCUAGUUCUUGGCAGAACAGGUCUCAUUCAGGACAGUCAUCUGGAUUUGGGCAGCAAGGCUCUGGAUAUGGUCAGUCAUCUCCAUAUGGGUCUAACCCAAGUCAGUCUUCUGGAUAUGGGAGACAAGAGUCUGGUUCAGGUCAGUCAUCUAGCUCUGGGCAGUAUGGGUCUCACGAUGGUCAAUCAUCUAGCUCUGGGCAGCAUGGGUCUCACUAUGGUCAGUCAUCUAGCUCUGGGCAGCAUGGGUCUCACUCAGGUCAGUCAACUGGUUAUAGGAAACAUGGGCGUGGUUCAGGGCAGUCAUCUAGUGCUGGGCAGUAUGAGUCUGGCCCAGGUGAGUCAUCUGAGUAUGGAGAACAUCGAUCUGGUUCAAGUCACUCAUCUAGUUCUUGGCAGAACAGGUCUCAUUCAGGACAGUCAUCUGGAUUUGGACAGCAAGGCUCUGGAUAUGGUCAGUCAUCUCCAUAUGGGUCUAACCCAAGUCAGUCUUCUGGAUAUGGGAGACAAGAGUCUGGUUCGGGUCAGUCAUCUAGCUCUGGGCAGUAUGGGUCUCACGAUGGUCAAUCAUCUAGCUCUGGGCAGCAUGGGUCUCACUAUGGUCAGUCAUCUAGCACUGGGCAGCAUGGGUCUCACUAUGGUCAAUCAUCUAGCUCUGGGCAGCAUGGGUCUCACUCAGGUCAGUCAACUGGUUAUAGGAAGCAUGGGCAUGGUUCAGGGCAGUCAUCUAGUGCUGGGCAGUAUGAGUCUGGCCCAGGUGAGUCAUCUGAGUAUGGAGAACAUCGAUCUGGUUCAAGUCACUCAUCUAGUUCUUGGCAGAACAGGUCUCAUUCAGGACAGUCAUCUGACCCAAGUCAGUCUUCUGGAUAUGGGAGAAAUGGGUCUGGCUCUAAUAAGUCAUUUGGAUCAGGACAGGGGAGAUAUGGACAUGAAGAAGUUCAUCAUGGAGAGUCAAGUUCAAAAGGUCAUGGAAGACAAGGAACACCUAAAAGACAGUCUGGGGACAGCAGUAGACAGCCUCAGUCUAGACAAGAACAGCCUUCACAUUCAGGGCCUUCAAGAAGUCCAAGAAGAACAUCUGUCCACAGUGAAUCCAGUGAAAGUGAGGAACACACAGUGGUUUCUAGAAGACAGUCAGGAUCUCCUCAGAGUCAUGGUGGACAACAGCAGGGAGAGUCUGGGUCUGCAGCACAUGGCAGACAGAAAAGUCCUCAGAGACAAUCUAGGGACAGCAGUAGACAGCCUCAGUCUAGGCAUGAGCAGCCAUCACGUGGUGGCUCUCAGAGAAGACCCAGAGGGGCACCAGUUCACCCUGAGUCCAGUGAGGGUGAGGAACACUCAGUAGUUUCAGGAAGAAGCUCAGGAUCUCCUCAGGGUCAUGGUGGACAUCAGCAUAGAGAGUCAGGCUCAGCAGGUCAUGGAAGCCAGGGAGGUCCUCAGAGACAAUCUAAGGACAGCAGUAGACAGCCUCAAUCUGGGCAUGAGCAGCCCUCACAUUCAGGGCCUUCAAGAAGUCCAAGAGGGACACCUGUUCACUCUGAGUCCAGUGAAGGUGAGGAACACUCAGUAGUUUCUGGGAGACACUCAGAAUCUUCUCAGGGUCAUGGUGGACAUCAGCAUGGAGAGUCAGGCUCAGGAGGUCAUGGAAGCCAGGGAGGUCCUCAAAGGCAAUCUAGAGACAGCAGUAGACAGCCUCAGUCUGGGCAUGAGCAGCCCUCACAUUCAGGGCCUUCAAGAAGACCAAGACAGACACCUGUUCACCCUGAAUCCAGUGAAGGUGAGGAACACUCAGUAGUUUCUAGAAGACACUCAGAAUCUUCUCAGGGUCAUGGAUCUCCUCAGGGUCAUGGUGGACAUCAGCAUAGAGAGUCAGGCUCAGCAGGUCAUGGAAGCCAGGGAGGUCCUCAGAGACAAUCUAAGGACAGCAGUAGACAGCCUCAAUCUGGGCAUGAGCAGCCCUCACAUUCAGGGCCUUCAAGAAGACCAAGACAGACACCUGUUCACCCUGAGUCCAGUGAAGGUGAGGAACACUCAGUAGUUUCUAGAAGACACUCAGAAUCUUCUCAGGGUCAUGGUGGACAUCAGCAUGGAGAGUCAGGCUCAGCAGGUCAUGGAAGCCAGGGAGGUCUACAAAGGCAAUCUAGAGACAGCAGUAGACAGCCUCAGUCUGGGCAUGAGCAGCCCUCACAUGGUGGCUCUCAGAGAAGACCCAGAGGGGCACCAGUUCACCCUGAAUCCAGUGAAGGUGAAGAACAUUCAGUAGUUUCAGGAAAAAGCUCAGGAUCUCCUCAGGCUCAUAGUGGAGGUCAACAUGGAGAAUCAGGCUCAGCAGGUCAUGGAAGCCAUGAGGGUCCUCAGAGGCAAUCUAGGGACAGCAGUAGACAGCCUCAGUCUGGGCAUGAACAGCCCUCACAUUCAGGGCCUUCAAGAAGACCAAGACAGACACCUGUUCACCCUGAGUCCAGUGAAGGUGAGGAACACUCAGUAGUUUCUAGAAGACACUCAGAAUCUUCUCAGGGUAAUCAAUCUUCUCAGGGUCAUGGUGGACAUCAGCAUGGAGAGUCAGGCUCAGGAGGUCAUGGAAGCCAGGGAGGUCCUCAAAGGCAAUCUAGAGACAGCAGUAGACAGCCUCAGUCUGGGCAUGAACAGCCCUCACAUUCAGGGCCUUCAAGAAGACCAAGACAGACAUCUGUUCACCCUGAGUCCAGUGAAGGUGAGGAACACUCAGUAGUUUCUAGAAGACACUCAGAAUCUUCUGAGGGUCAUGGUGGACAUCAGCAUGGAGAGUCAGGCUCAGCAGGUCAUGGAAGCCAGGGAGGUCCUCAAAGGCAAUCUAGAGACAGCAGUAGACAGCCUCAGUCUGGGCAUGAGCAGCCCUCACAUGGUGGCUCUCAGAGAAGACCCAGAGGGUCACCAGUUCACCCUGAAUCCAGUGAAGGUGAAGAACAUUCAGUAGUUUCAGGAAAAAGCUCAGGAUCUCCUCAGGCUCAUAGUGGAGGUCAACAUGGAGAAUCAGGCUCAGCAGGUCAUGGAAGCCAUGAGGGUCCUCAGAGGCAAUCUAGGGACAGCAGUAGACAGCCUCAGUCUGGGCAUGAACAGCCCUCACAUUCAGGGCCUUCAAGAAGACCAAGACAGACACCUGUUCACCCUGAGUCCAGUGAAGGUGAGGAACACUCAGUAGUUUCUAGAAGACAGUCAGAAUCUUCUCAGGGUAAUCGUGGACACCAGCAUGGAGAGUCAGGCUCAGCAGGACAGGGAAGCCAGGGAGGUCCUCAAAGGCAAUCUAGAGACAGCAGUAGAGAGUCUCAGUCCAGGCAUGAAGAGCGCUCACAAGGUGGCUCUCAGAGAAGACCCAGAGGGGCACCAGUUCACCCUGAGUCCAGUGAGGGUGAGGAACACUCAGUAGUUUCAGGAAGAAGCUCAGGAUCUCCUCAGGGUCAUGGUGGACAUCAGCAUAGAGAGUCAGGCUCAGCAGGUCAUGGAAGCCAGGGAGGUCCUCAGAGACAAUCUAAGGACAGCAGUAGACAGCCUCAAUCUGGGCAUGAGCAGCCCUCACAUUCAGGGCCUUCAAGAAGACCAAGACAGACACCUGUGCACCCCGAAUCCAGUGUAGGUGAGGAACACUCAGUCGUUUCUAGAAGACAGUCAGAAUCUUCUCAGGGUCAUGGUGGACAUCAGCAUGGAGAGUCGGGCUCAGCAGGUCAUGGAAGCCAAGGCGGUUCUCAGAGGCAAUCUAGGGACAGCCGUAGACAGCCUCAGUCUGGGCAUGAGCAGCCCUCACAUGGUGGCUCUCAGAGAAGACCCAGAGGAGCACCAGUUCACCCUGAGUCCAGUGAGGGUGAGGAACACUCAGUAGUUUCUAGAAGACACUCAGAAUCUUCUCAGGGUCAUGGUGGACAUCAGCAAAGAGAGUCAGGCUCAGGCAGUCAUGGGAGCCAGGGAGGUCCUCAGAGACAAUCUAGGGACAGCAGUAGACAGCCUCAGUCUGGGCAUGAACAGCCCUCACAUUCAGGGCAUUCAAGAAGACCAAGACAGACACCUGUUCACCCUGAGUCCAGUGAAGGUGAAGAACACUCAGUAGUUUCAAGGAGACACUCGGCAUCUCCUCAGGCUCAUGGUGGACAUCAGCAUGGAGAAUCGGAGUCAGCAGGUCAUGGAAGCCAGGGUGGUCCUCAGAGGCAGUCUAGGGACAGCAGUAGACAGCCUCAGUCUGGGCAUGAACAGCCCUCACAUUCUGGGCCUUCAAGAAGUCCAAGAAGGACACCUGUUCACUCCGAGUCUAGUGAAGGUGAGGAACACUCUGUAGUUUCUAGGAGACACACAGAAUCAUCUCAGGGUCAUGGUGGACAUCAGCAUGGAGAAUCAGGCUCAGCCAGUCAUGGAAGCCAGGGAGGUUCUCAAAGACAAUCUAGAGACAGCAGUAGACAGCCACAGUCUGGGCAUGAGCAGCCUUCACAUGGUGGCUCUCAGAGAAGACCCAGAGGGGCACCAGUUCAUCCAGAGUCUAGUGAUAGUGAACAACACUCAGUAGUUUCAAGGAGACACUCAGGAUCUCCUUAUGGUUAUGGUGAACAUCAGCAUGAAGAGUCAUGGUCAGCAGGUCAUGGAAGCCAGCGAGGUUCUCAGAGGCAAGCUAGGGACAGCAGUAGACAGCCUCAGUCUGGCCAUGGACAACCUUCACAUUCAGGAGCUACGAAAGGUCCAAGAGGUACACCUGUUCACCCUGAGUCCAGUGAAGGUGAGGAACACUCAGUAGUUUCUAGGAGACACUCAGGAUCUCCUCAGGGUCAUGGUAGACAUCAGCAUGGAGAGUCAGGCUCAGCAGGUCAUGGAAGCCAGGGAGGUCCUCAAAGGCAAUCUAGGGACAGCAGUAGACAGCACCAUUCUGUGCAUGAGGAGACCUCACAUUCAGGAACUACAAAAGGUCUAAGACGGACACCUGUUCACUCCGAGUCCAAUGAAGGUGAGGAACACACAGUAGUUUCUAGGAGGUACUCAGGAUCCACUAAGGGUCAUGGUGGACUUCAGUAUGGAGAUUCUGGGUCCACAGUUCACAGAAGCAGGGGUUCUCAUAGCCAAUCUAGGAACAGUAGUACACAGCCUCAGUCUGGCCAUGAUGAAGCUUCAGUAUCAAGGUCUGGCAGAAGUCCUAGGGAGUCACCUGUUCGCAGUGAUUCCAGUGAGCAUGAGGAACACUCAGUCGUAUCAAGGCGAUAUUCAGGAUCCACUAAGGGCCAUGGUGGGCUUCAGUCCCAUAGAGACUCUCUAUCACAACAUGGAGAGUUGGGUUAUAGUCAUACUGCAUCACAUAGUACUCACUGGCAGUCACGGGAUGGUCUAAGCAAGCAAUCAAGGAAAGCACAUGUCCAGUCUGAUACAAGGCAUUAUAGGUCACGUAGUACUGGCAACCAAUAUAGUUCUAGUCAACGUUGGAGACAUGGCAGCUAUGGCCGUGAAGACUAUGACUACGGACAAUCAGGAUAUGGACCUUCUGAAGGCAGCAGAACUAGCAGUCGCAAUUCUAGUCCUUUGAGGUCAUCACAUAGAACUACAAACACACAAGUGUCAAGGUAUGGACAGUGUCUCUCUCUUUCUCACCAUGUGGGACCCAAAGCAAAUGAGGGAAUGGGAGAGCUGGUGUUAAAAUAUAGAGAAUCUGAUACAGAUCAUGGGCAGCCAGUUGACCACUGCAAUCUGACUGGAUCUAGUACAACUGGAACUCUAGUCUCUAGUCUUGGCCAUUCUGGAGUAACACCUGAGCAUUUGAAUGACUGUGAUUUUAAGUACAAGUACAGUCUGAAAGGAAAGCAAGAAACUAUUCAAAACCAGCCAGUCGACCAAUCUGUUUUUGGCCAUAGUCAAUAUAUAUUAUUUCAGGACAAUUCAGAAUCCAGUUCAAAAGGAAAUCAAUCUGGAUUCAGCACUAAUAAAAGUUGCACCGGAAUUGAUAUGGCAAGUCUCUUCAAUACCUUCAGAUGCAUGCCAAGCAGUGUGAAUGCUGAAUCAUGUGAUUUGGAGCUUGCUACAACAAGUACACAUGAGUACGUGAGGAAGCUGGGAAGUAAACACAUGUCAUUGGAGAAACAGAGGUGGAGAUAUGGGUGGUUCUGGGUUUGGUUAAGAAUGAAUCAGACCAUCCCACAGAAGGUGGCUCCUCCCUGCAUGGACUUACUGUAUAAAAAGGCCAUUCACUCAGACUGCAGUACCCAGCAAGCUCCUUCAGCUGCGUUCUAUCCACUCUUCUUCCAAACAAGAGAAAGAGAAAAACAUGGGAAACAUCACAGUUCAACUAGAAAGCAUCGGGGAGGAUCUAAAUCAAAUGAAAGAGGAGACAGCAAAGGGAAAAAACAUAGAAGAACAAAGGAAACAAAUGAAAUAAAAAAUGAUGCCAUGAAAUAUGAAAGUACAAAAUAUGAAGAAAGGGGAAAGGGCAGUGGUGAUUAUUAUUAUGAAAAGGAGAGUGACCAAGGAGAACAUGAAGAUGAAAGAACCUCAAACAGGAAAAAAAUUGGACGACAACAGUCUACGGACAGGUCCAGGCAGUCCGGCUCCCGUCAGAGAAGCGAGUCCUCCCAAAGACAUGCUGACUCUGCCAGGGGCACCACAAGAACAGGUUCCCGAGGAAGACAGCAGUCCCCAGCUGGCCACCAGUCACCAGAUGGACCCAGGCAUUCCACAUCAAGGAGGGAGAGACAACAGAGGGACAGCACCAGCCAGGCCAGUGACAGCGAAAGCCAUUCUGAAGGCUCAGAAGGACAGGCAGUAGGAGCUCGUGGUAAUUCCGGGGCCAGCCAUAGGCAACAACAGACAUCCUCUCAAGGCCACAAAGGCUCUGGACCCUAUCAGUUGUACUACUACUCUGAGGAAGAACACGGCCACUCCGAGUCCGGCCACACACAGCAGCGCUCCAGUGGCCGAGCUGCCCAGGGCUCCCAUCAAGAACAAGGAAGGGACAGCACCAGGACUGGAGGCUCUCACCAAGGACAGACCUCCUCUGGCCACCAGGCUGGAUCUUCCCAAGGAAGAACCGGACAGAGUGCUAGAGAGGGUCAGGGGUCCCACCGGGAGGCUGCAAGAGACAGCUCUGAGCACCACCAGACAACCUCUGGAUCUGGCACCAGAAGGGGCCACGAAGACCGUCAUGAUGGCGCUGGACGCUCAGGAUCCAGACAAGGCCAGAGAGGCUCCCACACUGAUAGUGAUUCCUCCCAUGGUCAGGUAGGCCACAGAGCCCCAUCAAGCAGGCAACCAACUGGACAUGAACAGUCUACAGACAGGUCCAGGCAGUCCGGCUCCCGUCAGAGAAGCGAGUCCUCCCAAAGACAUGCUGACUCUGCCAGGGGCACCACAAGAACAGGUUCCCGAGGAAGACAGCAGUCCCCAGCUGGCCACCAGUCACCAGAUGGACCCAGGCAUUCCACAUCAAGGAGGGAGAGACGCUCAGAAGGACAGGCAGUAGGAGCUCGUGGUAAUUCCGGGGCCAGCCAUAGGCAACAACAGACAUCCUCUCAAGGCCACAAAGGCUCUGGACCCUAUCAGUUGUACUACUACUCUGAGGAAGAACACGGCCACUCCGAGUCCGGCCACACACAGCAGCGCUCCAGUGGCCGAGCUGCCCAGGGCUCCCAUCAAGAACAAGGAAGGGACAGCACCAGGACUGGAGGCUCUCACCAAGGACAGACCUCCUCUGGCCACCAGGCUGGAUCUUCCCAAGGAAGAACCGGACAGAGUGCUAGAGAGGGUCAGGGGUCCCACCGGGAGGCUGCAAGAGACAGCUCUGAGCACCACCAGACAACCUCUGGAUCUGGCACCAGAAGGGGCCACGAAGACCGUCAUGAUGGCGCUGGACGCUCAGGAUCCAGACAAGGCCAGAGAGGCUCCCACACUGAUAGUGAUUCCUCCCAUGGUCAGGUAGGCCACAGGGCCCCAUCAAGCAGGCAACCAACUGGACAUGAACAGUCUACAGACAGGUCCAGGCAGUCCGGCUCCCGUCAGAGAAGCGAGUCCUCCCAAAGACAUGCUGACUCUGCCAGGGGCACCACAAGAACAGGUUCCCGAGGAAGACAGCAGUCCCCAGCUGGCCACCAGUCACCAGAUGGACCCAGGCAUUCCACAUCAAGGAGGGAGAGACAACAGAGGGACAGCACCAGCCAGGCCAGUGACAGCGAAAGCGAAGAACCGGACAGAGUGCUAGAGAGGGUCAAGGGUCCCACCAGGGAGGCUGCAAGAGACAGCUCUGAGCACCACCAGACAACCUCUGGAUCUGGCACCAGAAGGGGCCACGAAGACCGUCAUGAUGGCGCUGGACGCUCAGGAUCCAGACAAGGCCAGAGAGGCUCCCACACUGAUAGUGAUUCCUCCCAUGGUCAGGUAGGCCACAGGGCCCCAUCAAGCAGGCAACCAACUGGACAUGAACAGUCUACAGACAGGUCCAGGCAGUCCGGCUCCCGUCAGAGAAGCGAGUCCUCCCAAAGACAUGCUGACUCUGCCAGGGGCACCACAAGAACAGGUUCCCGAGGAAGACAGCAGUCCCCAGCUGGCCACCAGUCACCAGAUGGACCCAGGCAUUCCACAUCAAGGAGGGAGAGACAACAGAGAGACAGCACCAGCCAGGCCAGUGACAGCGAAAGCCAUUCUGAAGGCUCAGAAGGACAGGCAAACACAGGCCACUCCGAGUCCGGCCACACACAGCAGCGCUCCAGUGGCCGAGCUGCCCAGGGCUCCCACCAAGAACAAGGAAGGGACAGCACCAGGACUGGAGGCUCUCACCAAGGACAGACCUCCUCUGGCCAGAAGGCUGGAUCUUCCCAAGGAAGAACCGGACAGAGUGCUAGAGAGGGUCAAGGGUCCCACCAGGAGGCUGCAAGAGACAGCUCUGAGCAUCACCAGACAACCUCUGGAUCUGGCACCAGAAGGGGCCACGAAGACCGUCAUGAUGGCGCUGGACGCUCAGGAUCCAGACAAGGCCAGAGAGGCUCCCACACUGAUAGUGAUUCCUCCCAUGGUCAGGUAGGCCAUAGAGCCCCAUCAAGCAGGCAACCAACUGGACAUGAACAGUCUACAGACAGGUCCAGGCAGUCCGGCUCCCGUCAGAGAAGCGAGUCCUCCCAAAGACAUGCUGACUCUGCCAGGGGCACCACAAGAACAGGUUCCCGAGGAAGACAGCAGUCCCCAACUGGCCACCAGUCACCAGAUGGACCCAGGCAUUCCACAUCAAGGAGGGAGAGACAACAGAGGGACAGCACCAGCCAGGCCAGUGACAGCGAAAGCGCCACUCCGAGUCCGGCCACACACAGCAGCGCUCCAGUGGCCGAGCUGCCCAGGGCUCUCAUCAAGAACAAGGAAGGGACAGCACCAGGACUGGAGGCUCUCACCAAGGACAGACCUCCUCUGGCCAGAAGGCUGGAUCUUCCCAAGGAAGAACCGGACAGAGUGCUAGAGAGGGUCAGGGGUCCCACCAGGAGGCUGCAAGAGACAGCUCUGAGCAUCACCAGACAACCUCUGGAUCUGGCACCAGAAGGGGCCACGAAGACCGUCAUGAUGGCGCUGGACGCUCAGGAUCCAGACAAGGCCAGAGAGGCUCCCACACUGAUAGUGAUUCCUCCCAUGGUCAGAGAAGUGAGUCCUCCCAAAGACAUGCUGACUCUGCCAGGGGCACCACAAGAACAGGUUCCCGAGGAAGACAGCAGUCCCCAAGCUGGCCACCAGUCACCAGAUGGACCCAGGCAUUCCACAUCAAGGAGGGAGAGACAACAGAGGGACAGCACCAGCCAGGCCAGUGACAGCGAAAGCCAUUCUGAAGGCUCAGAAGGACAGGCAUUGUACUACUACUCUGAGGAAGAACACGGCCACUCCGAGUCCGGCCACACACAGCAGCGCUCCAGUGGCCGAGCUGCCCAGGGCUCCCAUCAAGAACAAGGAAGGGACAGCACCAGGACUGGAGGCUCUCACCAAGGACAGACCUCCUCUGGCCACCAGGCUGGAUCUUCCCAAGGAAGAACCGGACAGAGUGCUAGAGAGGGUCAGGGUCCCACCAGGGAGGCUGCAAGAGACAGCUCUGAGCACCACCAGACAACCUCUGGAUCUGGCACCAGAAGGGGCCACGAAGACCGUCAUGAUGGCGCUGGACGCUCAGGAUCCAGACAAGGCCAGAGAGGCUCCCACACUGAUAGUGAUUCCUCCCAUGGUCAGGUAGGCCACAGGGCCCCAUCAAGCAGGCAACCAACUGGACAUGAACAGUCUACAGACAGGUCCAGGCAGUCCGGCUCCCGUCAGAGAAGCGAGUCCUCCCAAAGACAUGCUGACUCUGCCAGGGGCACCACAAGAACAGGUUCCCGAGGAAGACAGCAGUCCCCAGCUGGCCACCAGUCACCAGAUGGACCCAGGCAUUCCACAUCAAGGAGGGAGAGACAACAGAGGGACAGCACCAGCCAGGCCAGUGACUUGUACUACUACUCUGAGGAAGAACACGGCCACUCCGAGUCCGGCCACACACAGCAGCGCUCCAGUGGCCGAGCUGCCCAGGGCUCCCACCAAGAACAAGGAAGGGACAGCACCAGGACUGGAGGCUCUCACCAAGGACAGACCUCCUCUGGCCAGCAGGCUGGAUCUUCCCAAGGAAGAACCAGACAGAGUGCUAGAGAGGGUCAAGGGUCCCACCAGGAGGCUGCAAGAGACAGCUCUGAGCAUCACCAGACAACCUCUGGAUCUGGCACCAGAAGGGGCCACGAAGACCGUCAUGAUGGCGCUGGACGCUCAGGAUCCAGACAAGGCCAGAGAGGCUCCCACACUGAUAGUGAUUCCUCCCAUGGUCAGGUAGGCCACAGAGCCCCAUCAAGCAGGCAACCAACUGGACAUGAACAGUCUACAGACAGGUCCAGGCAGUCCGGCUCCCGUCAGAGAAGCGAGUCCUCCCAAAGACAUGCUGACUCUGCCAGGGGCACCACAAGAACAGGUUCCCGAGGAAGACAGCAGUCCCCAACUGGCCACCAGUCACCAGAUGGACCCAGGCAUUCCACAUCAAGGAGGGAGAGACAACAGAGGGACAGCACCAGCCAGGCCAGUGACAGCGAAAGCGCCACAAAGGCUCUGGACCCUAUCAGUUGUACUACUACUCUGAGGAAGAACACGGCCACUCCGAGUCCGGCCACACACAGCAGCGCUCCAGUGGCCGAGCUGCCCAGGGCUCUCAUCAAGAACAAGGAAGGGACAGCACCAGGACUGGAGGCUCUCACCAAGGACAGACCUCCUCUGGCCAGAAGGCUGGAUCUUCCCAAGGAAGAACCGGACAGAGUGCUAGAGAGGGUCAGGGGUCCCACCGGGAGGCUGCAAGAGACAGCUCUGAGCACCACCAGACAACCUCUGGAUCUGGCACCAGAAGGGGCCACGAAGACCGUCAUGAUGGCGCUGGACGCUCAGGAUCCAGACAAGGCCAGAGAGGCUCCCACACUGAUAGUGAUUCCUCCCAUGGUCAGAGAAGUGAGUCCUCCCAAAGACAUGCUGACUCUGCCAGGGGCACCACAAGAACAGGUUCCCGAGGAAGACAGCAGUCCCCAGCUGGCCACCAUUCACCAGGAUGGACCCAGGCAUUCCACAUCAAGGAGGGAGAGACAACAGAGGGACAGCACCAGCCAGGCCAGUGACAGCGAAAGCCAUUCUGAAGGCUCAGAAGGACAGGCAGUAGGAGCUCGUGGUCGUUCCGGGGCCAGCCAUACGCAAGAGCAGACAUCCUCCCGAGGCCACAAAAGCUCUGGACCCUAUCAGUUGUACUACUACUCUGAGGAAGAACACGGCCACUCCGAGUCCGGCCACACACAGCAGCGCUCCAGUGGCCGAGCUGCCCAGGGCUCCCACCAAGAACAAGGAAGGGACAGCACCAGGACUGGAGGCUCUCACCAAGGACAGACCUCCUCUGGCCAGAAGGCUGGAUCUUCCCAAGGAAGAACCAGACAGAGUGCUAGAGAGGGUCAAGGGUCCCACCAGGAGGCUGCAAGAGACAGCUCUGAGCAUCACCAGACAACCUCUGGAUCUGGCACCAGAAGGGGCCACGAAGACCGUCAUGAUGGCGCUGGACGCUCAGGAUCCAGACAAGGCCAGAGAGGCUCCCACACUGAUAGUGAUUCCUCCCAUGGUCAGGUAGGCCACAGAGCCCCAUCAAGCAGGCAACCAACUGGACAUGAACAGUCUACAGACAGGUCCAGGCAGUCCGGCUCCCGUCAGAGAAGCGAGUCCUCCCAAAGACAUGCUGACUCUGCCAGGGGCACCACAAGAACAGGUUCCCGAGGAAGACAGCAGUCCCCAACUGGCCACCAGUCACCAGAUGGACCCAGGCAUUCCACAUCAAGGAGGGAGAGACAACAGAGGGACAGCACCAGCCAGGCCAGUGAAUUGUACUACUACUCUGAGGAAGAACACGGCCACUCCGAGUCCGGCCACACACAGCAGCGCUCCAGUGGCCGAGCUGCCCAGGGCUCCCAUCAAGAACAAGGAAGGGACAGCACCAGGACUGGAGGCUCUCACCAAGGACAGACCUCCUCUGGCCAGAAGGCUGGAUCUUCCCAAGGAAGAACCGGACAGAGUGCUAGAGAGGGUCAGGGGUCCCACCGGGAGGCUGCAAGAGACAGCUCUGAGCACCACCAGACAACCUCUGGAUCUGGCACCAGAAGGGGCCACGAAGACCGUCAUGAUGGCGCUGGACGCUCAGGAUCCAGACAAGGCCAGAGAGGCUCCCACACUGAUAGUGAUUCCUCCCAUGGUCAGGUAGGCCACAGGGCCCCAUCAAGCAGGCAACCAACUGGACAUGAACAGUCUACAGACAGGUCCAGGCAGUCCGGCUCCCGUCAGAGAAGCGAGUCCUCCCAAAGACAUGCUGACUCUGCCAGGGGCACCACAAGAACAGGUUCCCGAGGAAGACAGCAGUCCCCAGCUGGCCACCAGUCACCAGAUGGACCCAGGCAUUCCACAUCAAGGAGGGAGAGACAACAGAGGGACAGCACCAGCCAGGCCAGUGACAGCGAAAGCGAAGAACCAGACAGAGUGCUAGAGAGGGUCAAGGGUCCCACCAGGAGGCUGCAAGAGACAGCUCUGAGCAUCACCAGACAACCUCUGGAUCUGGCACCAGAAGGGGCCACGAAGACCGUCAUGAUGGCGCUGGACGCUCAGGAUCCAGACAAGGCCAGAGAGGCUCCCACACUGAUAGUGAUUCCUCCCAUGGUCAGGGGCACCACAAGAACAGGUUCCCGAGGAAGACAGCAGUCCCCAACUGGCCACCAGUCACAAGAUGGACCCAGGCAUUCCACAUCAAGGAGGGAGAGACAACAGAGGGACAGCACCAGCCAGGCCAGUGACAGCGAAAGCCAUUCUGAAGGCUCAGAAGGACAGGCAGUAGGAGCUCGUGGUCGUUCCGGGGCCAGCCAUAGGCAACAGCAGACAUCCUCCCGAGGCCACAAAAGCUCUGGACCCUAUCAGUUGUACUACUACUCUGAGGAAGAACACGGCCACUCCGAGUCCGGCCACACACAGCAGCGCUCCAGUGGCCGAGCUGCCCAGGGCUCCCAUCAAGAACAAGGAAGGGACAGCACCAGGACUGGAGGCUCUCACCAAGGACAGACCUCCUCUGGCCACCAGGCUGGAUCUUCCCAAGGAAGAACCGGACAGAGUGCUAGAGAGGGUCAGGGGUCCCACCGGGAGGCUGCAAGAGACAGCUCUGAGCACCACCAGACAACCUCUGGAUCUGGCACCAGAAGGGGCCACGAAGACCGUCAUGAUGGCGCUGGACGCUCAGGAUCCAGACAAGGCCAGAGAGGCUCCCACACUGAUAGUGAUUCCUCCCAUGGUCAGGUAGGCCACAGGGCCCCAUCAAGCAGGCAACCAACUGGACAUGAACAGUCUACAGACAGGUCCAGGCAGUCCGGCUCCCGUCAGAGAAGCGAGUCCUCCCAAAGACAUGCUGACUCUGCCAGGGGCACCACAAGAACAGGUUCCCGAGGAAGACAGCAGUCCCCAGCUGGCCACCAGUCACCAGAUGGACCCAGGCAUUCCACAUCAAGGAGGGAGAGACGCUCAGAAGGACAGGCAGUAGGAGCUCGUGGUAAUUCCGGGGCCAGCCAUAGGCAACAACAGACAUCCUCUCAAGGCCACAAAGGCUCUGGACCCUAUCAGUUGUACUACUACUCUGAGGAAGAACACGGCCACUCCGAGUCCGGCCACACACAGCAGCGCUCCAGUGGCCGAGCUGCCCAGGGCUCCCAUCAAGAACAAGGAAGGGACAGCACCAGGACUGGAGGCUCUCACCAAGGACAGACCUCCUCUGGCCACCAGGCUGGAUCUUCCCAAGGAAGAACCGGACAGAGUGCUAGAGAGGGUCAGGGGUCCCACCGGGAGGCUGCAAGAGACAGCUCUGAGCACCACCAGACAACCUCUGGAUCUGGCACCAGAAGGGGCCACGAAGACCGUCAUGAUGGCGCUGGACGCUCAGGAUCCAGACAAGGCCAGAGAGGCUCCCACACUGAUAGUGAUUCCUCCCAUGGUCAGGUAGGCCACAGGGCCCCAUCAAGCAGGCAACCAACUGGACAUGAACAGUCUACAGACAGGUCCAGGCAGUCCGGCUCCCGUCAGAGAAGCGAGUCCUCCCAAAGACAUGCUGACUCUGCCAGGGGCACCACAAGAACAGGUUCCCGAGGAAGACAGCAGUCCCCAGCUGGCCACCAGUCACCAGAUGGACCCAGGCAUUCCACAUCAAGGAGGGAGAGACAACAGAGAGACAGCACCAGCCAGGCCAGUGACAGCGAAAGCAACACGGCCACUCCGAGUCCGGCCACACACAGCAGCGCUCCAGUGGCCGAGCUGCCCAGGGCUCCCACCAAGAACAAGGAAGGGACAGCACCAGGACUGGAGGCUCUCACCAAGGACAGACCUCCUCUGGCCAGAAGGCUGGAUCUUCCCAAGGAAGAACCAGACAGAGUGCUAGAGAGGGUCAAGGGUCCCACCAGGAGGCUGCAAGAGACAGCUCUGAGCAUCACCAGACAACCUCUGGAUCUGGCACCAGAAGGGGCCACGAAGACCGUCAUGAUGGCGCUGGACGCUCAGGAUCCAGACAAGGCCAGAGAGGCUCCCACACUGAUAGUGAUUCCUCCCAUGGUCAGGGGCACCACAAGAACAGGUUCCCGAGGAAGACAGCAGUCCCCAACUGGCCACCAGUCACAAGAUGGACCCAGGCAUUCCACAUCAAGGAGGGAGAGACAACAGAGGGACAGCACCAGCCAGGCCAGUGACAGCGAAAGCCAUUCUGAAGGCUCAGAAGGACAGGCAGUAGGAGCUCGUGGUAAUUCCGGGGCCAGCCAUAGGCAACAACAGACAUCCUCUCAAGGCCACAAAGGCUCUGGACCCUAUCAGUUGUACUACUACUCUGAGGAAGAACACGGCCACUCCGAGUCCGGCCACACACAGCAGCGCUCCAGUGGCCGAGCUGCCCAGGGCUCCCAUCAAGAACAAGGAAGGGACAGCACCAGGACUGGAGGCUCUCACCAAGGACAGACCUCCUCUGGCCACCAGGCUGGAUCUUCCCAAGGAAGAACCGGACAGAGUGCUAGAGAGGGUCAGGGGUCCCACCGGGAGGCUGCAAGAGACAGCUCUGAGCACCACCAGACAACCUCUGGAUCUGGCACCAGAAGGGGCCACGAAGACCGUCAUGAUGGCGCUGGACGCUCAGGAUCCAGACAAGGCCAGAGAGGCUCCCACACUGAUAGUGAUUCCUCCCAUGGUCAGGUAGGCCACAGGGCCCCAUCAAGCAGGCAACCAACUGGACAUGAACAGUCUACAGACAGGUCCAGGCAGUCCGGCUCCCGUCAGAGAAGCGAGUCCUCCCAAAGACAUGCUGACUCUGCCAGGGGCACCACAAGAACAGGUUCCCGAGGAAGACAGCAGUCCCCAGCUGGCCACCAGUCACCAGAUGGACCCAGGCAUUCCACAUCAAGGAGGGAGAGACAACAGAGGGACAGCACCAGCCAGGCCAGUGACAGCGAAAGCGCCACAAAAGCUCUGGACCCUAUCAGUUGUACUACUACUCUGAGGAAGAACACGGCCACUCCGAGUCCGGCCACACACAGCAGCGCUCCAGUGGCCGAGCUGCCCAGGGCUCCCACCAAGAACAAGGAAGGGACAGCACCAGGACUGGAGGCUCUCACCAAGGACAGACCUCCUCUGGCCAGAAGGCUGGAUCUUCCCAAGGAAGAACCAGACAGAGUGCUAGAGAGGGGUCAAGGGUCCCACCAGGAGGCUGCAAGAGACAGCUCUGAGCAUCACCAGACAACCUCUGGAUCUGGCACCAGAAGGGGCCACGAAGACCGUCAUGAUGGCGCUGGACGCUCAGGAUCCAGACAAGGCCAGAGAGGCUCCCACACUGAUAGUGAUUCCUCCCAUGGUCAGACAGGUCCAGGCAGUCCGGCUCCCGUCAGAGAAGCGAGUCCUCCCAAAGACAUGCUGACUCUGCCAGGGGCACCACAAGAACAGGUUCCCGAGGAAGACAGCAGUCCCCAAGCUGGCCACCAGUCACCAGAUGGACCCAGGCAUUCCACAUCAAGGAGGGAGAGACAACAGAGGGACAGCACCAGCCAGGCCAGUGACAGCGAAAGCCAUUCUGAAGGCUCAGAAGGACAGGCAUUGUACUACUACUCUGAGGAAGAACACAGCCACUCCGAGUCCGGCCACACACAGCAGCGCUCCAGUGGCCGAGCUGCCCAGGGCUCUCAUCAAGAACAAGGAAGGGACAGCACCAGGACUGGAGGCUCUCACCAAGGACAGACCUCCUCUGGCCAGAAGGCUGGAUCUUCCCAAGGAAGAACCGGACAGAGUGCUAGAGAGGGUCAGGGGUCCCACCGGGAGGCUGCAAGAGACAGCUCUGAGCACCACCAGACAACCUCUGGAUCUGGCACCAGAAGGGGCCACGAAGACCGUCAUGAUGGCGCUGGACGCUCAGGAUCCAGACAAGGCCAGAGAGGCUCCCACACUGAUAGUGAUUCCUCCCAUGGUCAGGUAGGCCAUAGAGGCCCAUCAAGCAGGCAACCAACUGGACAUGAACAGUCUACAGACAGGUCCAGGCAGUCCGGCUCCCGUCAGAGAAGCGAGUCCUCCCAAAGACAUGCUGACUCUGCCAGGGGCACCACAAGAACAGGUUCCCGAGGAAGACAGCAGUCCCCAGCUGGCCACCAGUCACCAGAUGGACCCAGGCAUUCCACAUCAAGGAGGGAGAGACAACAGAGGGACAGCACCAGCCAGGCCAGUGACAGCGAAAGCCAUUCUGAAGGCUCAGAAGGACAGGCAGUAGGAGCUCGUGGUCGUUCCGGGGCCAGCCAUAGGCAAGAGCAGACAUCCUCCCGAGGCCACAAAGCUCUGGACCCUAUCAGUUGUACUACUACUCUGAGGAAGAACACAGGCCACUCCGAGUCCGGCCACACACAGCAGCGCUCCAGUGGCCGAGCUGCCCAGGGCUCUCCAUCAAGAACAAGGAAGGGACAGCACCAGGACUGGAGGCUCUCACCAAGGACAGACCUCCUCUGGCCAGAAGGCUGGAUCUUCCCAAGGAAGAACCAGGACAGAGUGCUAGAGAGGGCCACAGGGCCCCAUCAAGCAGGCAACCAACUGGACAUGAACAGUCUACAGACAGGUCCAGGCAGUCCGGCUCCCGUCAGAGAAGUGAGUCCUCCCAAAGACAUGCUGACUCUGCCAGGGGCACCACAAGAACAGGUUCCCGAGGAAGACAGCAGUCCCCAAGCUGGCCACCAGUCACCAGAUGGACCCAGGCAUUCCACAUCAAGGAGGGAGAGACAACAGAGGGACAGCACCAGCCAGGCCAGUGACAGCGAAAGCCAUUCUGAAGGCUCAGAAGGACAGGCAGUAGGAGCUCGUGGUCGUUCCUGGGGCCAGCCAUACGGCAAGAGCAGACAUCCUCCCGAGGCCACAAAGGCUCUGGACCCUAUCAGUUGUACUACUACUCUGAGGAAGAACACGGCCACUACCGAGUCCGGCCACACACAGCAGCGCUCCAGUGGCCGAGCUGCCCAGGGCUCCCAUCAAGAACAAGGAAGGGACAGCACCAGGACUGGAGGCUCUCACCAAGGACAGACCUCCUCUGGCCAGAAGGCUGGAUCUUCCCAAGGAAGAACCAGACAGAGUGCUAGAGAGGGUAAGGGGUCCCACCAGGAGGCUGCAAGAGACAGCUCUGAGCAUCACCAGACAACCUCUGGAUCUGGCACCAGAAGGGGCCACGAAGACCGUCAUGAUGGCGCUGGACGCUCAGGAUCCAGACAAGGCCAGAGAGGCUCCCACACUGAUAGUGAUUCCUCCCAUGGUCAGGUAGGCCACAGGGCCCCAUCAAGCAGGCAACCAACUGGACAUGAACAGUCUACAGACAGGUCCAGGCAGUCCGGCUCCCGUCAGAGAAGCGAGUCCUCCCAAAGACAUGCUGACUCUGCCAGGGGCACCACAAGAACAGGUUCCCGAGGAAGACAGCAGUCCCCAGCUGGCCACCAGUCACCAGAUGGACCCAGGCAUUCCACAUCAAGGAGGGAGAGACAACAGAGAGACAGCACCAGCCAGGCCAGUGACUUGUACUACUACUCUGAGGAAGAACACGGCCACUCCGAGUCCGGCCACACACAGCAGCGCUCCAGUGGCCGAGCUGCCCAGGGCUCCCACCAAGAACAAGGAAGGGACAGCACCAGGACUGGAGGCUCUCACCAAGGACAGACCUCCUCUGGCCAGCAGGCUGGAUCUUCCCAAGGAAGAACCAGACAGAGUGCUAGAGAGGGUCAAGGGUCCCACCAGGAGGCUGCAAGAGACAGCUCUGAGCAUCACCAGACAACCUCUGGAUCUGGCACCAGAAGGGGCCACGAAGACCGUCAUGAUGGCGCUGGACGCUCAGGAUCCAGACAAGGCCAGAGAGGCUCCCACACUGAUAGUGAUUCCUCCCAUGGUCAGGUAGGCCAUAGAGCCCCAUCAAGCAGGCAACCAACUGGACAUGAACAGUCUACAGACAGGUCCAGGCAGUCCGGCUCCCGUCAGAGAAGCGAGUCCUCCCAAAGACAUGCUGACUCUGCCAGGGGCACCACAAGAACAGGUUCCCGAGGAAGACAGCAGUCCCCAACUGGCCACCAGUCACCAGAUGGACCCAGGCAUUCCACAUCAAGGAGGGAGAGACAACAGAGGGACAGCACCAGCCAGGCCAGUGACUUGUACUACUACUCUGAGGAAGAACACAGCCACUCCGAGUCCGGCCACACACAGCAGCGCUCCAGUGGCCGAGCUGCCCAGGGCUCUCAUCAAGAACAAGGAAGGGACAGCACCAGGACUGGAGGCUCUCACCAAGGACAGACCUCCUCUGGCCAGAAGGCUGGAUCUUCCCAAGGAAGAACCGGACAGAGUGCUAGAGAGGGUCAGGGGUCCCACCGGGAGGCUGCAAGAGACAGCUCUGAGCAUCACCAGACAACCUCUGGAUCUGGCACCAGAAGGGGCCACGAAGACCGUCAUGAUGGCGCUGGACGCUCAGGAUCCAGACAAGGCCAGAGAGGCUCCCACACUGAUAGUGAUUCCUCCCAUGGUCAGGUAGGCCACAGGGCCCCAUCAAGCAGGCAACCAACUGGACAUGAACAGUCUACAGACAGGUCCAGGCAGUCCGGCUCCCGUCAGAGAAGUGAGUCCUCCCAAAGACAUGCUGACUCUGCCAGGGGCACCACAAGAACAGGUUCCCGAGGAAGACAGCAGUCCCCAGCUGGCCACCAGUCACCAGAUGGACCCAGGCAUUCCACAUCAAGGAGGGAGAGACAACAGAGGGACAGCACCAGCCAGGCCAGUGACAGCGAAAGCAACACGGCCACACCGAGUCCGGCCACACACAGCAGCGCUCCAGUGGCCGAGCUGCCCAGGGCUCCCACCAAGAACAAGGAAGGGACAGCACCAGGACUGGAGGCUCUCACCAAGGACAGACCUCCUCUGGCCAGAAGGCUGGAUCUUCCCAAGGAAGAACCAGACAGAGUGCUAGAGAGGGUCAAGGGUCCCACCAGGAGGCUGCAAGAGACAGCUCUGAGCAUCACCAGACAACCUCUGGAUCUGGCACCAGAAGGGGCCACGAAGACCGUCAUGAUGGCGCUGGACGCUCAGGAUCCAGACAAGGCCAGAGAGGCUCCCACACUGAUAGUGAUUCCUCCCAUGGUCAGAGAAGCGAGUCCUCCCAAAGACAUGCUGACUCUGCCAGGGGCACCACAAGAACAGGUUCCCGAGGAAGACAGCAGUCCCCAACUGGCCACCAGUCACCAGAUGGACCCAGCCAUAGGCAACAGCAGACAUCCUCCCGAGGCCACAAAGGCUCUGGACCCUAUCAGUUGUACUACUACUCUGAGGAAGAACACGGCCACUCCGAGUCCGGCCACACACAGCAGCGCUCCAGUGGCCGAGCUGCCCAGGGCUCCCAUCAAGAACAAGGAAGGGACAGCACCAGGACUGGAGGCUCUCACCAAGGACAGACCUCCUCUGGCCAGAAGGCUGGAUCUUCCCAAGGAAGAACCGGACAGAGUGCUAGAGAGGGUCAGGGGUCCCACCGGGAGGCUGCAAGAGACAGCUCUGAGCACCACCAGACAACCUCUGGAUCUGGCACCAGAAGGGGCCACGAAGACCGUCAUGAUGGCGCUGGACGCUCAGGAUCCAGACAAGGCCAGAGAGGCUCCCACACUGAUAGUGAUUCCUCCCAUGGUCAGGCUGGAUCUUCCCAAGGAAGAACCAGACAGAGUGCUAGAGAGGGUCAAGGGUCCCACCAGGAGGCUGCAAGAGACAGCUCUGAGCAUCACCAGACAACCUCUGGAUCUGGCACCAGAAGGGGCCACGAAGACCGUCAUGAUGGCGCUGGACGCUCAGGAUCCAGACAAGGCCAGAGAGGCUCCCACACUGAUAGUGAUUCCUCCCAUGGUCAGGCUGGAUCUUCCCAAGGAAGAACCGGACAGAGUGCUAGAGAGGGUCAGGGGUCCCACCGGGAGGCUGCAAGAGACAGCUCUGAGCACCACCAGACAACCUCUGGAUCUGGCACCAGAAGGGGCCACGAAGACCGUCAUGAUGGCGCUGGACGCUCAGGAUCCAGACAAGGCCAGAGAGGCUCCCACACUGAUAGUGAUUCCUCCCAUGGUCAGGCUGGAUCUUCCCAAGGAAGAACCGGACAGAGUGCUAGAGAGGGUCAGGGGUCCCACCGGGAGGCUGCAAGAGACAGCUCUGAGCACCACCAGACAACCUCUGGAUCUGGCACCAGAAGGGGCCACGAAGACCGUCAUGAUGGCGCUGGACGCUCAGGAUCCAGACAAGGCCAGAGAGGCUCCCACACUGAUAGUGAUUCCUCCCAUGGUCAGGAGGCUGCAAGAGACAGCUCUGAGCAUCACCAGACAACCUCUGGAUCUGGCACCAGAAGGGGCCACGAAGACCGUCAUGAUGGCGCUGGACGCUCAGGAUCCAGACAAGGCCAGAGAGGCUCCCACACUGAUAGUGAUUCCUCCCAUGGUCAGGCUGGAUCUUCCCAAGGAAGAACCGGACAGAGUGCUAGAGAGGGUCAGGGGUCCCACCGGGAGGCUGCAAGAGACAGCUCUGAGCACCACCAGACAACCUCUGGAUCUGGCACCAGAAGGGGCCACGAAGACCGUCAUGAUGGCGCUGGACGCUCAGGAUCCAGACAAGGCCAGAGAGGCUCCCACACUGAUAGUGAUUCCUCCCAUGGUCAGUUGUACUACUACUCUGAGGAAGAACACGGCCACUCCGAGUCCGGCCACACACAGCAGCGCUCCAGUGGCCGAGCUGCCCAGGGCUCCCACCAAGAACAAGGAAGGGACAGCACCAGGACUGGAGGCUCUCACCAAGGACAGACCUCCUCUGGCCAGAAGGCUGGAUCUUCCCAAGGAAGAACCAGACAGAGUGCUAGAGAGGGUCAAGGGUCCCACCAGGAGGCUGCAAGAGACAGCUCUGAGCAUCACCAGACAACCUCUGGAUCUGGCACCAGAAGGGGCCACGAAGACCGUCAUGAUGGCGCUGGACGCUCAGGAUCCAGACAAGGCCAGAGAGGCUCCCACACUGAUAGUGAUUCCUCCCAUGGUCAGUUGUACUACUACUCUGAGGAAGAACACAGCCACUCCGAGUCCGGCCACACACAGCAGCGCUCCAGUGGCCGAGCUGCCCAGGGCUCUCAUCAAGAACAAGGAAGGGACAGCACCAGGACUGGAGGCUCUCACCAAGGACAGACCUCCUCUGGCCAGAAGGCUGGAUCUUCCCAAGGAAGAACCGGACAGAGUGCUAGAGAGGGUCAGGGGUCCCACCGGGAGGCUGCAAGAGACAGCUCUGAGCACCACCAGACAACCUCUGGAUCUGGCACCAGAAGGGGCCACGAAGACCGUCAUGAUGGCGCUGGACGCUCAGGAUCCAGACAAGGCCAGAGAGGCUCCCACACUGAUAGUGAUUCCUCCCAUGGUCAGGAAGAACACGGCCACACCGAGUCCGGCCACACACAGCAGCGCUCCAGUGGCCGAGCUGCCCAGGGCUCCCACCAAGAACAAGGAAGGGACAGCACCAGGACUGGAGGCUCUCACCAAGGACAGACCUCCUCUGGCCAGAAGGCUGGAUCUUCCCAAGGAAGAACCAGACAGAGUGCUAGAGAGGGUCAAGGGUCCCACCAGGAGGCUGCAAGAGACAGCUCUGAGCAUCACCAGACAACCUCUGGAUCUGGCACCAGAAGGGGCCACGAAGACCGUCAUGAUGGCGCUGGACGCUCAGGAUCCAGACAAGGCCAGAGAGGCUCCCACACUGAUAGUGAUUCCUCCCAUGGAAGAACCGGACAGAGUGCUAGAGAGGGUCAGGGGUCCCACCGGGAGGCUGCAAGAGACAGCUCUGAGCACCACCAGACAACCUCUGGAUCUGGCACCAGAAGGGGCCACGAAGACCGUCAUGAUGGCGCUGGACGCUCAGGAUCCAGACAAGGCCAGAGAGGCUCCCACACUGAUAGUGAUUCCUCCCAUGGUCAGGCUGGAUCUUCCCAAGGAAGAACCAGACAGAGUGCUAGAGAGGGUCAAGGGUCCCACCAGGAGGCUGCAAGAGACAGCUCUGAGCAUCACCAGACAACCUCUGGAUCUGGCACCAGAAGGGGCCACGAAGACCGUCAUGAUGGCGCUGGACGCUCAGGAUCCAGACAAGGCCAGAGAGGCUCCCACACUGAUAGUGAUUCCUCCCAUGGUCAGUUGUACUACUACUCUGAGGAAGAACACGGCCACUCCGAGUCCGGCCACACACAGCAGCGCUCCAGUGGCCGAGCUGCCCAGGGCUCUCAUCAAGAACAAGGAAGGGACAGCACCAGGACUGGAGGCUCUCACCAAGGACAGACCUCCUCUGGCCAGAAGGCUGGAUCUUCCCAAGGAAGAACCGGACAGAGUGCUAGAGAGGGUCAGGGUUUCCACCGGGAGGCUGCAAGAGACAGCUCUGAGCACCACCAGACAACCUCUGGAUCUGGCACCAGAAGGGGCCACGAAGACCGUCAUGAUGGCGCUGGACGCUCAGGAUCCAGACAAGGCCAGAGAGGCUCCCACACUGAUAGUGAUUCCUCCCAUGGUCAGGCUGGAUCUUCCCAAGGAAGAACCAGACAGAGUGCUAGAGAGGGUCAAGGGUCCCACCAGGAGGCUGCAAGAGACAGCUCUGAGCAUCACCAGACAACCUCUGGAUCUGGCACCAGAAGGGGCCACGAAGACCGUCAUGAUGGCGCUGGACGCUCAGGAUCCAGACAAGGCCAGAGAGGCUCCCACACUGAUAGUGAUUCCUCCCAUGGUCAGUUGUACUACUACUCUGAGGAAGAACACGGCCACUCCGAGUCCGGCCACACACAGCAGCGCUCCAGUGGCCGAGCUGCCCAGGGCUCCCACCAAGAACAAGGAAGGGACAGCACCAGGACUGGAGGCUCUCACCAAGGACAGACCUCCUCUGGCCAGAAGGCUGGAUCUUCCCAAGGAAGAACCGGUCAGAGUGCUAGAGAGGGUCAGGGUUCCCACCGGGAGGCUGCAAGAGACAGCUCUGAGCACCACCAGACAACCUCUGGAUCUGGCACCAGAAGGGGCCACGAAGACCGUCAUGAUGGCGCUGGACGCUCAGGAUCCAGACAAGGCCAGAGAGGCUCCCACACUGAUAGUGAUUCCUCCCAUGGUCAGAGAAGCGAGUCCUCCCAAAGACAUGCUGACUCUGCCAGGGGCACCACAAGAACAGGUUCCCGAGGAAGACAGCAGUCCCCAGCUGGCCACCAGUCACCAGAUGGACCCAGGCAUUCCACAUCAAGGAGGGAGAGACAACAGAGGGACAGCACCAGCCAAGCCAGUGCCAGCGAAGGCCGUUCAGAAGUCACAGUUGGGCCUAGGCAUCCUUCUGUGA